AUGGUGCACAUAGAGUUCCCCAAGAUCGAAGUGAGGUAUGAGGACCUGACGGUGGACGCGUAUGUGCAUGUCAGCAGCAGGGCGCUGCCCACCAUCCCCAACUUCAUAUGCAACAUGAUAGAGGCAUUUCUGAGUCACCUGAGAAUCUACAGAGGGGGAAGAAUGAAGUUACCUAUAUUGGACAACAUUAAUGGGAUUAUUCGCCCAUCAAGAAUGACACUGCUUUUGGGCCCUCCAAGUUCCGGGAAGACCACCUUGCUUUUAGCACUUGUCGGUCGACUUGGUCCUGGACUAAAGAUGUCUGGGAGCAUUACUUACAACAGCCACCAUCUAAAUGAAUUUGUGCCUCAAAGAACAUCUGCUUAUGUAAGUCAGCAAGACUGGCAUGCUUCAGAGAUGACCGUCAGAGAAACCCUGGAGUUUGCUGGGUGCUGUCAGGGUGUUGGUAUAAAGUAUAAUAUGCUCGUUGAACUUCUGAGGAAAGAAAACAAUGUUGGGAUCAAGCCUGAUGAGGACCUUGAUGUAUUCAUGAAGGUAUGA